AUGCGACACAAUCAACUGUGUUGUGAGACACCACCUACUGUCACUGUUCAUGUAAAGUCAGGUUCUAAUAGAGCCCAUCAGCCUAGAAAACCCAUUAACCUGAAGCGUCCCGUUUAUAAUGAUAGCUGGCAAGCAUCUGAAAGAAAUGCACAAAACAACAAAUCAAAACGUCCAAAAGGUCCUUGUCUAGUUAUACAGCGUCAGGAAAUGACUGCUUUCUUUAAAUUAUUUGAUGAUGAUCUAAUUCAAGAUUUCCUGUGGAUGGACUGCUGCUGUAAAAUUGCAGACAAGUAUCUGUUGGCUAUGACGUUUGUUUAUUUCAAGAGAGCUAAAUUUACUAUAAAUGAACAUACCAGGAUAAAUUUCUUUAUUGCUCUGUAUCUGGCUAAUACAGUUGAAGAAGAUGAAGAAGAAGCCAAGUAUGAGAUUUUUCCAUGGGCUUUGGGGAAAAACUGGAGAAAAUUGUUCCCUAAUUUCUUAAAGUUAAGGGAUCAACUCUGGGAUAGAAUUGACUAUAGGGCUAUUGUAAGCAGGCGAUGCUGUGAAGAGGUGAUGGCCAUCGCACCAACCCAUUAUAUUUGGCAAAGAGAACGCUCUGUGCACCACAGUGGAGCUGUGAGAAACUACAACAGAGAUGAAGUUCAUCUGCCUCGGGGUCCCAGUGCCACACCAAUGGAUUGCUCUCUCUGUGGUAACAAGGGAAGAUACGUGAGACUGGGGUUAUCUUCAUCAUCGUCUUCAUCCAAUGAUACAGUACAGCUGAUGGAAAAGCACUCUCAGGAAUCACACAGUUCAUUACCAAUGGACAUAAUAGGUGAUUCUUCUCAAGCUAAUAGCACUCAAGUAGCCAAAGACCAUCAAUCAAAUAAAGGAAAGAAACGUAAUUUCAUGAAGACAGACAGAUCUAUGGAGUGGUUUACAGGAAGUGAAGAGUAA